AUGUCUCCCUCGCAAUCUCUCGAGGACAAGAAUGCCGUCGACCUGGAUGCGUGUCGGCGCGCCGCACUCGCCGAAAUCGACAACGCUGAAUUUUCCUGGUUUCAUGCCAGGGUUGUCUGUGUUGCGGGCGUCGGUUUCUUCACGGAUGCCUACGACAUCUUCUCCAUCUCCAUCGUUGCUACAAUGCUGGGCAUGGUCUACAACAACGGGGCAACUUCUCUCGGCGUCAAUCAGGAUCUCGGCAUCAAGGUCGCUACACCCGUCGGUACCGUCCUCGGUCAGCUCCUCUUCGGUUGGCUUGCAGACGUCGUCGGCCGUAAACGCAUGUACGGUAUCGAGCUCAUCAUCAUCAUCUUCACCACCUUUGCUCAGGCUAUCUCCGCUGCUGGUCCCGGUCUGUCAAUGACCGGGGUCUUCGUCGUCUGGCGUUUCUUGCUCGGCGUCGGUAUUGGGGGCGACUACCCGUUGUCUGCAGUAAUCUCAUCUGAAUUCGCAUCUACACGCAUUCGCGGACGAAUGUUGGCCGCUGUAGUCGCAAACCAGGGCUGGGGUAACCUUGCUUCUGCCAUCGUGUCUGUUGUUGUUAUCUCUGUGUACAAGAGCCGCAUCGAGAACCCCGAGCACACGGUCAAGUCCAUCGACCAAGUUUGGCGCCUCAUCAUUGGCCUUGGAUGUGUUCCCGCCGUUGUCGCCCUCUACUUCCGUCUUACGAUCCCGGAAACACCCCGCUUCACGAUGGACAUCGAACGUAACGUUCUCUCGGCGAGGAAAGACAUCAAGAUAGUAUUGGGAGAUCAUCCGUCCUAUGUUGGCGAGAAGACUGCUGUCAUUCGCGCCGAUGCACCAAAGGCCAGCUUCCGCGACUUCGUUGCCUACUUCAGCCAACGCCAGAAUGGUAAAGUCCUCUUUAGCACCGCGUACUCCUGGUUUGCUCUUGAUAUUGCUUUCUACGGCCUGGGACUCAACACGUCGAAAGUUCUUGCCGACAUCGGAUUCUCUGACUCAAGCGCUAAGCCGUACGACCUCCUCUUGAAGACCGCUAUCGGAAACAUCAUUCUCGCCGUUGGUGGUCUGAUCCCCGGGUAUUGGGCUACCUUCAUCUUUAUCGACUCUUGGGGUCGUAAGCCGAUCCAGCUUCUAGGUUUUGGAAUGCUCAGCGUACUCUUCGUCCUCAUGGGCUUUGGGUACAGUACUUUUCAUGAGACCCAGAACUCCAGGGAUGCCUUCGUCUUCCUAUAUUGCCUCACCAACUUCUUCCAGAACUUCGGCCCCAACACUACUGUGUUCAUUGUCCCCGGAGAGUUGUUCCCAACCCGCUACCGCUCAACCGCGCACGGCAUCUCUGCCGCCUCUGGCAAGCUCGGCGCUGUCGUCGCACAAGUCGGCUUUGCUCGCCUCACGAACCUCAAGGGCGCUGGCAGCAAGAACGGCUGGCUCGACCACAUCUUCGAAAUCUUCGCCUUAUUCAUGCUCACAGGCUUCUUCUCGACUUUGCUCAUCCCCGAGACCAAGAACAAGUCGCUCGAAGAGCUUUCGAACGAGAAUCAGGAAGGCUUCGUGAGGCCCAAGACUGUGAGCGUCUCGCGCAUAGCCUACAAUCGCGCCUGA